UGACUCUUUCUUCUUCGUUGAACUUGCUCUGCAACUUCAAUUCUAAAAGUCGUUAAAAACUUCUAAAAUUCAGAACUUUGGUUGUGGGGCUCCGAUUGACGAACUGUUUUCUUCGUGAGAUAGAGCCCAACAAUCUAAAGUAAUAUUGAGGGUCUCACACAGCAGCAAACAAAACAACCUCUGUGGCCUUUCGUCGAGCACCCUGCUUGUAUCUCUUGGGGUCGUCGUUCUGCUCGCCAUGGGGUCUGCUCAAGCCUCCACAGGCUGUCCAUAGCCAUUUUCCGGCCAGUUCGUGGGGUCAAGCGACCCUUCUUGUCCCUUAAUCCGUCCGCCCUUAUGAUCAGCCUCCAACUGAUGAAGAAGCAUUGAAAACCAUCCAAAUCCCCAGCAGAAGAGCAGUCAAGAGCCAGAACACCCAAACCCAAACAAAAGUGGGUCAGAGGUAGACAAGAUGAAUGAAGGAGAUGGCAAGUGGGAAAUUCGUGGGAAUGAAAUUACAGCAGAGAAGAGCACAAACGUUGGGAUUUCAGACUUCCACAACACAACAGGUCAUGUUGAAGGGCCCAGGGGCCCCGAACGUGGUCACAACGUUCAUGGGAAUAACAUCAGUGCAGAUGGAAGCAAGAGUGUUGGGAUUUCAAACUUUGGCAACCACACUGGCGGCUACAAGACUAAAGACGAAGCAACUAGCGGGUUGAGUGAAGGGUACGGCAGCAACAGCGGAUAUGAUCCUCUAAAUGAUGUCAACUGGAGCAGCGCCGGCCGUGGCGGUCAAGGAAAGGUGCCCAAAGGUGACGGUCACGACAUUAGGAGCAAUACCAUUAUAGGAGAUGGAGCCGAGGAAGGGUUUCACAACUUUAGAAAUGGCACUGAAGUUGACGGCGGCAGCAGCAAUAUUAGUGACAAUGAAAUUAGGGCAUGCAAUGAAGCCUCAAACGUUGGGAUGUCCAACUUUCACAACCAGGAUGCUGAAGGCGGCGGUGAACCCAAGAGUGUCGUGGGUCACAACAUUUGUGACAACAAAAUUAGUGCAGAUACUUCCACGAACGUGGGAUUGGACGACUUUGGCAACAUCAAAUAGAACUGCGAUCCCCAAUGGAAGAGUUUUCAGGUCCUAUAUCAUAAAACUUGCCGGAGCUAGUUCUAAAUGUGUGUACUCAUAUAGAGCAUUAGAGCACCAACGGGGCCCACAUUUUGAAAAGCUGAACAUACAAAAGCAUGAAAAACCAGCGGAUCCCAUGUUUGAAUCAAGUUAAAAAGUUGUUUUUUAUGUUCCAACGGUUGUUUUG